AUGAAAUUCUUUUUACCUAUUACAAUUCCUACUUUUUUAAUCAUCGGUUUAUCAUUUGUCUCCUCGUACGUACUUAGUCCACGCGAAGAAAAAUCUGAAUGGGGAUACCUUGGUUCGAACGGUCCUGCCCAUUGGUACCAACUUAAUGAAACCUAUGCAACCUGUAAAGGCAUCAAACAGCAAACUCCUAUAGAUCUUAAGGAUGAAGAUUUUACUCAUCCUACUAAAAUUACGUUAGACGUAAUCAAAAAAACCGAUUUAAUUCUUUUAAAUAAUGGUCAUACUUAUCAAGUUCAGCGUUCUGAAGGUACUAUUGAUAAACCAGCAUUGUACGAAGAUGCAACAUUGAAAGUUGAUGGUGAAACAUAUUAUCUUCUUCAGUAUCAUUUCCAUAUGCCAUCAGAACAUCAUAUUGAAGGCAGAGAUUUGUUAAUGGAAGGGCAUUGGGUUUUCAGAACCUCAGAUGCAAAACUUGCCGUUCUAGGGGUCUUUUUUGACCUUGGUGAAUGUGAAGAUCCUGGUUUGAAUCCUAUUGUAGAGAUAAUCAAUAAACCCCAUGAACAUGUUAAUAUAACAAUAUCAUUAACUGAACAAAUAUUUAAAGAGAUUAAAACUGUAUGUAUUUAUGCCCACUUAACCACACCACCAUGUACCGAAGGUGUUCGUUGGUUUGUUUCUCCAGAUGUCCGAAGUAUUAGUCCAGCCCAAUUUAAAUCCUUAAAGUAUGUAUUGAAAUACAACGCCCGAUUUACACAAAAACGUCUUGAUGGUGGUGAACCAACGUCACACGAACCGUGGAAGCCCAAGUUUGCACAUUGA